AUGAGACAUAAAAACUAAUUUUAAUUAAAGAAUGUAAAAACUUAAAGUAUUUACUCAACUGAAUCAACAAUUCAAACUCCUUCUAGAUAAUUGUCACCUAAAUCACCAUAGAUUUGGACUUCAUCUGCACUAUCAAACUCAAGUAUUAUUCAUUAAAAUAUUUAAUAGAUUUACCUAAUUAAUCUGAUGCACAAUAUUAAGCAAAAAUUAAAGAACUUUUAGAAGAAAAUUAAAAGUUGAUUCAUAAAAGCUCUGUGCAAGAUUUAAUCAUUAAUAGAUUAUAAUAAAUAGAAGAAUUGGAACCAAUACGAUCAAGCAGAGUAAAUACUUUAAAUAAUGUUCGAAAUAACGAUAAGAAAUAAAUCAUUAAAAUUUAAAAACCUAUUUACACAAGAGAGGGAGAGAGCAAAGAUAAUAAAAUGUUAUUUACUUUCUUUAGUCCAGAACCAAAUCAAAAAACAAGUGUAUGUAAACUUCCAAAAGUGUUUUAAGUUGCCCCUAACAAAAGAAAAUAUUUUGUAUGA